AGUUGAAUCAUACGGGUAGAAACACGACUUUUCCUUGCCAACGGAAUUCCCCGGAUAUCGUGUUAAUUGAGUGUCAAUGAAUUUUCCAUCCUGCAUUUUCCAUGGAUUUUCACAUUUUUUUUUUCUCCCAAAAUCGUUUUUUUUUGGAAAUAAAUUGUGAAAUCAACGAAUGACAACUGCAUGAAGCACCAAGGGAUUCCCUCCAUUUUGGAGAACCUCAACUUUCUCUUCGGUAUUAACAAGAAGAUGACGUGUAUUCAGUGGAAACCGGCGGUUAAGUGUCAGACAGGGGAGAUAAUAACACACAAGUGAUGCGUUCAGAUGUUCAUGAGUUCAGAUGUUCAUUACUGUAGUCAGUGAUAAUUUUUCAAACAGUUUAAGUCUGAGGAAAAAUUAAAACCUCCACGAUACUCGGAAAAUCACCAAUUUCCGUUGAUUUUCCAUUAAUUCUUUGAAUCUAGUUUUUAAUUUUACAAUCGCUUUCCGCGCAUUCCGGAAAUUGCAGUUCAGAAGAAAAAAUUGCUGCUCAAUUGCAAUGUUUUUUGUUUAUUCCGCAAUCGUAAUUUGUGAUUACGACAGGAGAGUCAGGGAUUAUGGUUUUUCGGUGGAAUGAUUUAUCUGGGGAAUGCGUGAUAUUGGGACUCUAUGAGAAAAUAAUUGUUGAAUAAUUGACUUGACGACUGCAGACUCCACAUUUAAUUGAAUAAAAUCAGUUAGAUGACAGAUUAUGAGUGAAUGAACUCAUAGUGGGAGGAGUCUACUUCGGCUGAAGUGAAAUAGUUUUUUUCGAUAAUUUGAGGAGCUCCUGCAGACCUCGGCUAGCAGGAACCCAUUAUUUUAUUUUAUUUUUAUUUUCUCAAAGUGAAGAAUUAGAUUUCGAUGGAGAGAAUGCCAAGACCAUCGAGGGAAUCUUACAAUGGCGAGCAGAAGCCGCCAUACUCUUAUAUAUCACUGACAGCAAUGGCGAUAUGGUCUUCGAGUGAGAAGAUGCUGCCACUCGCCGAGAUAUAUCGAUUUAUCGCUGACAGAUUUCCCUAUUAUCGAAGGGACACCAGACGCUGGCAGAAUUCACUCAGGCAUAAUCUCUCUUUCAAUGAUUGUUUCAUCAAGGUGCCGAGGAAUCCUCACACCCCAGGUAAAGGCGCAUAUUGGGCGCUCCAUCCAGCAGCAUUAUCAAUGUUCGAGAAUGGUUCCUACCUUCGACGCAGAAAACGAUUCAAAUUACCGAAGGAAGCCAAAGAAGAGAGUCAAGCAUUGGCAGAGACAACAGCAAGAUUGGCAGCGAGUAGCUCAUGCUCAUUAUCUGAUUGUCACGCCACCCCCUAUUACUCCCACCUGCAUCAGGACCAGACGAUAGCUCUGACUCAGCAGCAACUCGAUUUUCUUAAUUUAACAUCUGGAUUGACCUCCAUCUCCAAAGAUAUCAUCCCUGAACGACAAUCAGAGGUGCUUUAUGGGUCAUCUGAGCGGAGAAAUUCAUCGCCUGAACGGAAACUAUCAUCAAAAAAGUUGAAACCUCUAGGUGGAGUAUCCAAGUCAUUCAACAUAGAGAGCAUAAUCGAAACAACAAGCUCGAAUGAGCAACGAUCCAGAACUACUGACGUGAGUGUUUCGAGUGGUGAGAUAUCGUCGCAGAAUGUGAUGCCCUGGACAGGAAGUGGUCUCCUGUACCCUUUGACGAAUCCCCUGACGACGUACCCCCUGCACUUCCAUCAAGCAGCAGCAGUUUAUGCAACAGCCCUGGCAACAGCCAACCUUUUUGCCAGCUACCCAGCCCUGCAGACAUCAAAAAUUCACCCUGAGAGCAGCUCAUCGCCAUCCCUAUCCUCGAUUUAUGGACUCCAGCCCAAUCUAUUCCGCACAGAUCCAAUCUUCAACUUCACUGGUCUCCAAGGGAGUGAUUUUCCAUCACCAGGGAUCAGUCUUCCAGCACUACCACCACCACUCCCAAGAUUACCCAAUAUUGAUAAUUCUCGAUUGGAAAUCGGUGAAAUCAGUUACUCGGAUCCCUGCAACGACUUGACUCCCACCUGAGAGAAUGUGAUCAUCGAUAGACUGAAUAAAAGAA